ACUAUAAAAUUAAUUAUAGUGACAUGACAUGGUCCUACAAUGUUGAUAUAUAAUAUUUAUUUGAAAAAUAAAAGAUUUUUGUACUCAUCAUUUCACUUCUACUUGCUAUAUUUGUUUGUUUAUUUGAGAAAUUAAGAUAGACUAAAGUUUUAGGAGAAGUUUCAACUAGAGAGAAGAAAAACAUGGGUACUUUUGGAGUAGUUAUUGCUUCUAGGAAUUUCUUAAUAAUUCACUUACUAUUUUUCGAGCUUGGUUAUGGGAGUCAUCAUGAUCAUCAUGAAUCAAUGUCCAUGAUGAGUAGAAAAUACAUACAACUUCCAAGCGAAAGCAAUAUUGGCAAUAAGAUUGAAGAAAAAGCAAAAACACAACAUGUUCAAGCUCAUGACCACAUGAUGUCUCACAUGGAAAAAAUGGAUCCAAAUUUAAUGAUUUUCUUCACCACAAAUGACCUUAAAGUAGGCAAAACAAUGCCCAUUUACUUUCCCAAGAAAGAUCCUUCAACUACACCACCACGCUUGUUGCCUUUACAAGAAGCAUCAUCCAUACCCUUUUCACUAAAUCACCUUCCUUACCUUCUCAACCGUUUCUCUUUCACCCCACAAUCUCCCCAAGGUAGUGCCAUGGAAGACACCCUAAAGCAGUGUGAGUCUAGAUCCAUCAUAGGAGAAACCAAAACGUGUGCUACUUCUCUAGAAUCCAUGCUCGAUUUUGCACGUGGCGCGUUCGGAUUAGAGGAUGAGAUUAGUGUUGUCACAACUACUCACUUGACCAAUUUGAGAGUGUCCCUUCAAAACUACACCAUUUUGGAUGAGCCUAAACAGAUAUUGGGUCCUCAUAAGAUGAUGGUGGCUUGUCACACCAUGCCUUAUCCUUAUUUAGUGUACUAUUGUCAUUACCAAGUUAGUGAAAACAGGGUGUAUAAGAUCUUAUUGGGUGGUGAAAAUGGAGACAAGGUUGAAGCUAUUGCUGUUUGUCAUAUGGAUACUUCUCAGUGGAGUCGUAACCAUGUGUCAUUUAGUGUCCUAGGAAUUGAACCUGGUACUUUACCAGUUUGCCAUUACUUCCCUGAACAGAAUCUUGUUUGGAUUCCAAAAUCCAAAUACAUCUAGUAAUCUUAGGGGAUGGACCUAUAUGUUAAUUGUACUAGUAUGCAUGUUAGUUGCCUAGUACAAUGGUUAUGUUUGUGUUUUUCCCUAUGUUAUAUGUCAAUAUGAAAUAAAGAUGAUCAUCCUUAAAUUUUCUAA